AUGACGCUAAAAUCAAUUGUUGGACAAAAAUUAAUCAACGAGGUACUCGCCCCUCUACAUAAACCAGAAAAAGGAGGGGCUUGGAAUGCUUUAAUAGUUGAUCGUCUUGCAAUGAGAAUGUUAAGUGCUUGUUGCAAAAUGCAUGAUGUAAUGGAUCAAGGAGUUACUAUUGUUGAGGAUUUGAAUAAACGAAGAGAACCUUUGCCUACUAUUGAUGCUAUUUAUUUGAUUUCUCCGACAAAGGAAUCCGUCGACAAAUUGACUCAAGACUUUUCUGGUUCUCACAAUUUAUAUAAAUGUGCACAUGUGUUUUUUACUGAAGCUUGUCCUGAUCAACUCUUUUCUACUCUUUCGCGUAGUCCAGCUGCUCGUCAUAUAAAGACUUUAAAAGAAAUAAAUAUUGCUUUUACUCCUUAUGAAUCACAAGUUUAUACUCUCGAUUCGCCAUCGACUUUCUUUCUGUAUUACAACCCCCAAAAGCCCGGCAGUCUAACGGAGAACCUGGACCGCAUAGCGGAGCAAAUAGCAACGAUUUGUGCUACUCUUGGAGAGUAUCCGUCUAUUCGUUAUCGCGCUGAUGUUGAACGUAACGUUGAUUUGGGUCACUUGGUUGAAGCAAAAUUGGAUGCUUACAAAGCUGACGAGCCUUCUAUGGGUGAAGGAACAGAAAAAGCUCGUUCUCAACUAAUAAUAAUUGAUCGAGGAUUUGAUGCUGUUUCUCCAUUAUUACACGAAUUAACUUUACAAGCAAUGACUCAAGACCUUUUAAAUAUCGAAAAUGAUGUUUAUCGUUAUGAAACUGGAGGGGCAGAAUCUGUGGAUAAAGAAGUUUUGUUGGAUGAAAGUGAUGAUUUGUGGAUAGAGAAUAGACAUAAACACAUUGCUGUGGUUUCUCAAGAGGUUUUUUUUUGUUAUUUAAAAAGUAGUUUUGGAGGGAAGGGAGGUGGGAAUUUUUGGAGACGGAUAGUUCUUGAUUUCUUUUGGUCCUUCACAUUUGCUUUCAUAUCCACCUUUUCUUUUUGGGAUAAACUGUUAUUCUUGUGGUCGUCGACUUUGGCUAAUCUCGGUCAUAAACCAUGGGGAGGACUGGACGGGUUUAAUUUUGGAUUUGGAACACUUCAAAUAUUUUUUAAUUUUUUUUUUGGGGGGGGGGGGAGACUUGCUUGA